UACGGUGCACAGUUGCAGAAUGAUAAAUAAUUCAGUACUUUAAGUAUAUUUUCUUUGAAUUUCAAUUGGAUACUUGUCUGAAUACUCUUCAAGCUCGUUAUAAUUGAAUAGAAUGGGUAAUCGCAGCCUCUUGAGACCUGAAGGGCUCUUCUGUGCGGAGCUGAUUUACAAUGCAGAUAGACCGGAGGCGGAAGACCCUAGACCCGCCGAGGAGGGCGUGGAGUCUGGGCGGCAGUUGGGGUUGUGGCGGGCAUUUUGGGGGAGAGGACCACGUAAAAAGUAGUUGGUGAAAGUGCAUGCUCGCCUUUGGUUGGAAGUCAAGUAAUGCGCUUAUUUAGCACUGUUACUGGAGAGUUGGUCGUAUUAUGAACGAACUUUGGUAUUUCGGUUGGAGUUGAGAUUUUGUUGAGCCAGUGGUCUUCAGGCAUGGAAGUGACAAAUCUGUAUGUAGGAAGGGACCUGCUGCUUGUCUUGGAGGAUGAACUGGAGUGGGAGGGACACGUUCAGUCGUCUGAGCAGCGGUUAGGGUGUGGGAGCUGGAUUUAGGGUUAGGAAUUGACGGUUGUGGGAGAUGAGGGUAGAGGUGUGGCAAGAUACUAAGCUGAAGAGAUCCUGGACACCUUUCUAGUUUGAAUCCAGGUUUUCAAUAUGCUAUCGGUGAAUUUACGGCGAUGGUCACUUCCAGGGGCUGCACCCCAGCAUUCUGCCGUGGCCUCCACUCUGACUGGCACUCACCUGUUAGGGCAGUGUGUUACAGGUGAGAGGACUGAAAGGCGGUGAGUUGCUGAAGGCCACACGUCUGGGAAGCGACCUUUUUGUGUUUGAACCCAGACCCUCUUGAAUCUUUCUUUCAUGUAUUAUACAAAUAUUAUGUGUUUUUUAAGUUGCUUUAAAAAAUCCUGUAUUCCAAUAAUUGGGACAUUUCAUUAGAUUUUUAGAGUUAGAUAAUAGCAGAGUCACUGUCUUAUGUUCUAAGUGCUUUUCUUGUAUUAAACUAUUCAUCCUCAAAGCUGCUUCACAGAGGAGGCUCCCUGUGCUCUCUGUUUUACUGGAAGGAACUGAGGCUCUGGGAUUAAGUAAUUUAUCAACGAUCACACGGCUAGUAAACUGGAGCUGAUGUGAACCGAGGCCUUGCAGCUCCAGAAUCCUUGCUUGUGAGGACUGUGCAGGGUUGCUUCUCAUGUGAAACCUUUGUAGGACUUAGGUUUCACAGAAACUCAAAAGAAAGAACAAUUUCAAAAAUGUUUCAAAUUCCUGUGGAGAAUCUUGACAACAUCAGGAAGGUACGAAAAAAGGUGAAAAGCAUUCUUGUGGAUAUUGGACUUGACAGCUGCAAGGAGUUGCUGAAGGACCUUAAAGGCUUUGAUCCAGGAGAGAAGUACUUUUAUAACACAUCAUGGGGAGAUAUUUCUCUCUGGGAACCUUCUGGAAAGAAAGUGAUUAGCACAUUCAUCAUAUCAGACUUGCCAGGUCCCAGAUUUGAUGUCACUGUCUCCCCGCACCACCAUGCUUCGGCCUCCACUGCGUUUGUCCAAAAUACGUUGGCCUUGGGAAUUUUGACUUUAAAGAAGAUUCCUAGAUACCGAACAAAACCAUACUGUUGUAGCCUCUGUAAAUAUUCCACAAAAGUGCUUACUUCAUUCAAAAAUCAUUUACAUCGUUAUCACGAAGAUGAAAUUGACCAAGAGCUGGUGAUCCCUUGCCCAAACUGUGUGUUUUCCUCUCAACCCAAAGUUGUGGGAAGACACUUCAGAAUGUUUCAUGCACCUGUUCGGAAAGUCCAGAACUACACAGUGAAUAUUUUAGGUGAAACUAAAUCAUCUAGGAGUGAUGUGAUAAGUUUUACGUGUUUAAAAUGUAACUUUUCAAACACUCUGUACUACAGCAUGAAGAAGCAUGUGCUGGUAGCCCAUUUUCACUAUUUAAUUAACUCCUACUUUGGCCUGAGAACUGAGGAAUUGGGUGAGCAACCGAAAGCUGACGAUACCCUUUGUACGGAGAAGAUGCCCCCUUCUGACAGAUAUUACUGUAAAAAGUGCAGUGCCAACGCCAGCAGCCAGGAUGCUUUAAUGUAUCACAUCCUGACCUCGGAUGUGCACAGGGAUUUGGAGAACAAGCUCAGGUCCGUGAUCUCAGAGCACAUCAAGAAGCCUGGGCUCCUGAAGCAGAUGCACAUUGCGCCCAAGCCAGCUGCACACACGGCUGCCCCUGCCAGCGGCAGCACUGUGGGCGCCUCGGCCACGCCUCCGUGCUUCCGCCUUGCCUUGCCGCAGGCCAGUCAGAGCCAGACCUCAGGACAGCCAGUUCAGGGUGCAGCCCCGCCGGUGACCGUGGCCUCCGGUGCUUCUGGAAGCCUCACCCACUCUCCGCCAGCCGUUGCCCAGUCCCAUGUGACUCUGGUCUCCAGUCCUCUGCCCGUGGGCCAGAACAGCCUCGCUCUGCCACCCUCAACGCCACAGCCUGUCUUCCUCUCCCACGGAGUCCCGCUUAGUCAAGCAGCAAACUCUCCUGUGUUGCCCUUGAGUCAGCCAGUUGGACCCAUAAAUAAGUCUGUUGGAACCGGUGUCCUUCCCAUAAGCCAGACCAUCCGCCCAGGGGUUUUGCCCUUCAACCAGCCUGUUGGGCCCGUAAGCAGACCAGUGGGGCCUGGAGUUCUUUCGGUAAAUAGGCCCGUUGGGUCCGGUGUCCUUCCUGUCAAUCCCUCUGUCACUCCUGGGGUGCUUCAGGCGGUCUCACCAGGGGUGAUUUCUGUGAGUCGGACGGUCCCAUCAGGGGUGCUUCCUGCAGGACAGAUGACCCCUGCUGGGGUCAUCCCUUCGGGACAGGCAGCAACUUCUGGGGUCCUCCCUGCUGGCCAGAUGGUUCAGUCGGGGGUUCUCCCCAUCGGCCAGACGGCUCCAUCAGGGAUGCUCCCCACUGGGCUGACGGUCCCACCACGGGUCCUCCCUUCUGGCCAGACAGUCCCCCUGAGGGUUCUCCCUGCCGGCCAGGUGGUCCCACCAGGGCUCCUUCCUCCCAACCAGACGGUCUCAUCAGGUGUUCUCCCGGUGACCCAGGGUGUUAACUCUGGUGUUCUUCAGCUCAGCCAGCCUGUUGUGUCAGGGGUUCUUCCUGUGGGCCAGCCAGUGAGGCCAGGGGUCCUGCAGCUUAAUCAGGCUGUGAACACCAGCAUUCUGCCUGCAAAUCAGCCCGUCAGACCCGGUGCUUCACAAAACACCACUUUCCUGACAUCAGGCUCCAUCCUCAGACAACUGAUACCCACAGGAAAACAAGUGAAUGGGAUUCCCACGUACACACUCGCCCCGGUUUCUGUCACUUUGCCCGUGCCACCUGGGGGUGUUGCCACUGUUGCCCCUCCCCAGAUGCCCAUCCAGCUGCUGCAGUCGGGCACAGCUGCACAGAUGGCCAGUUCCGUGGCCAGCGUGCCCUCCCCGCCAGUGGUGGUGAAUGCCGCUCAGAAUGUGUUGGUUCAGGCGUCUUCGUCGGUGUCAGAGUCACAUCAGGCGCUCAGGCAGGCGAAGCAGUGGAAGACCUGCCCAGUGUGCAGCGAGCUCUUCCCUUCCAACGUCUACCAGGUCCACAUGGAGGUGGCGCACAAGCACAGUGAGGCCACGUCUGCCGACAAACUGGAGCCGGAGAGGCUGGCGGCGUGCGCGCCGUUUCUGAAGUGGAUGCGGGAGAAGACUGUGCGGUGUCUGUCCUGCAAGUGCGUAGUCUCGGAGGAGGAGCUCAUCCACCACCUGCUGAUGCACGGCCUGGGCUGCUUGUUCUGCCCGUCCACCUUCCAUGACAUCAGAGGCCUUUCGGAGCACAGUAGGACCGUGCACCUGGGGAAGAAGAAGUUGCCCGUGGAUUACAGUAGCAGAGGCUUUCAGCUGGACAUUGAUGCCAAUGGCAACCUGCUGUUCCCCCACCUCGACUUCAUCACCAUCUUGCCCAGGGAGGAGCUGGGGGAGCGGGAAGUCUACUUGGCAGUCCUGGCUGGGAUACACUCCAAGUCGCUGGUGCCUGUGUACAUUAAGGUGCGGCCCCAGACCGAGGGCGCCUCUGGGAGGCCUGGCAGACAGGCCCUGACCUGCCCCUUUUGCUUUGGCACCUUUGUGACGGCAGAGGCGUACGAGCUGCACCUGAAGGAGAGGCACCACAUCACGCCCACAGUCCACACGCUUCUGAAGUCGCCGGCAUUCAAGUGCAUCCACUGCUGUGGGGUCUACACGGGCAACAUGACCCUGGCCGCCAUCGCCAUCCACCUGCUGCGCUGUCGGAGUGCUCCAAAGGACAGCAGCUCCGAUGUCCAGGUCCAGCCGAGCUUCAUCGAGAACAGCGAGCUGCUUUUAGUCAACGGUGAGGUGAUCCAGGACUCCAGUUUUUCUGUGAAGAGAAAGCUGCCUGAUGGCCACUUUGGGGCAGAAGACCAGAGGGACGGCGAGGAGAGGCCUCCUGUCACACACGCUGCCACAGACCCGGCUCCAGAAAAGGGGACGAGUGUUGUGCCUUGUAAAAGACAGAGGAAUGAAAGCCGGACGGAGGGGCCACUUGUUAGUGACGAUGCUCUUCAGAUUUUAGCAUUAGACCCUAAGAAAUAUGAAGACCGUUCUUACGAAGAAAAAAAGCAGUUUCUUAGAGAUUAUUUUCACAAGAGACCAUAUCCUAGUAGAAAGGAAAUAGAGCUGUUAUCCUCACUCUUAUGGGUGUGGAAAAUUGAUGUGGCUUCAUUCUUUGGAAAAAGAAGAUACAUUUGCAUGAAAGCAAUAAAAAAUCACAAGCCUUCUGUGCUUUUAGGCUUUGAUAUGUCUGAACUUAAAAAUGUUAAACACAGAUUGAACUUUGAGUAUGAACCACAAAACUUGUAAAAAAAAAUAGGAGAUUAAAGUACUGAUAAUUAGUCGUUUUUUCAAUUGAGAUUUAAAAAACUUAUUUUCUUCACUGUAUGUUAAACUAAUCAAUUCAGUGGUCUUUAUGCUGCUCUUUAGAUUUAUUUCAGGUGCUCGGAAAGACUUCUGUAUAAAGAAGUGAAUAGUUCUUUCAAAUUUGUUGUUUCCUGCAGUUUGAUUUUAUAACAAUUAUUUUUCGUUAUUUUUGUCAUGUAAAUUAAAUCUUUUAAUAUUUCAUGCACGCCUUGUUUUCCCAGUACUGUCGGUAUCGUACGAGAAAAACUGAAAUCUAUGUAUGUUUGUUUUUCAUUUAAGGAAGUUUCAGCUUGUUUCAGAAUACUUGAUUAAUUGCAAAUUAAAACAUUAACCUCCCUCAGUUAACAGCAAAUGAUACAGUAAAAGUUUAGAGAUGUGAGUAUAAACCCCUGUGACGUGUGGUUCCUUAAAGAUGCACUGCAUUAACUUAAGCUGAUUUCUUCUUUGUAAAGUAUUUGCUUAUUAGAUUGUAAUUUUGAUUUACAGCUUUUCAGGUUUGUCCUGACAGCUGUUUUUGAUUAUAACUCAGAAAACCAAAUGUUUUCAUUUGUUAAAAAUACACCAGACCUGAAGUCUGGUAUUUAAGCUCAUAAGUCAAAAGUCAUUUUGCAACUAAAGUAAUUCUGUAGGUGCAGAAAUACGUUUCAGUGUAAACUUUCCCCCUCUUUUUGAUAUGGUGGUAAGUCUUUUCUCCAUUCAAAGAAAACAAUGAAUCUUUAGUGCCUUUAGAACUGAAAACACACACACAAGCUCUCCCCCGAACCUAACUGUUCAUAAACCAGUGCAAGGGAAGGACUGUGUUGCUCAGGAAUAAAGUAUUGACCCCUGAGUGUGGAUACUAACUGGAACUUAAACACAGGUGUUCAGGGGAUGCGGUGAAAUGACCGGACCAAGAGCUAACCUCGUGGUCGGUGUGUUAAUAACUCUGACAGUGUCCUAGGCAGUUUGCUGUGGGCUUUCCCAUAGCCCAGUUGUCCAGGUUAGUGGGAGAGAUACUGCUGAGGAACUCAAGUGUAUUGCUGUCCUUUGGACGGCUAAGCCUCGGCCUUUUCACACAGUAUAAAAUAACUGAAAGCACCAGAACCGCUAAGGGAGACCAGCCAGUUUAUACCUGAAGUCGUUAAGUCGUAUUGCCGGUGACUGAGGGCAGGGCCUCUGUGCAGCCUCCUCAGCAGAUAGGACCGUCUCUGGGAAGUAAGAUAACGUUACCAUGUGGGCUUUUACAAUGUAACACUUGCAUGUCGUUGCUGUAAUGUGCAUUUCUGAGGCAGUCGUGAAGCUGGUGUGUGAUUGUUGGUGUGCUCUCCUGUAAAUUCAGAGCUUGUUCACUUUUUUUUUACCUGUUGUUUUCAGAGUGUCUAUUUUGAAUUAAAAUUUGUUAUACCACUGCA